CGUCAUCAGCCCUUACCCGGCACUUUACUGCUUACAUCUCACACUGUCCGGACUUGCAGAAGUUAUCUCUCAAAGUGAGGUAACUUUUCACUUGUGAUGGCGGACCAGGCUGUCGUGGAGAAAAUGAGCGAAUUGCAAGUCGACGACAACAAAAAGGGGGGAACUGGAAGUGGGAAAGAUGGAGGAAAGAAGAAGGCUAAAAGUGCCGCAGGGGACUCUGGAGGCAGGGCUGAGCUGACACCAGCACCCCAAUACAUUGACGACCGGCUUACUUUGUACGCCAAACUCAAAGCCGAGCAUGAAGCUCUGAUGGCAGAGAGGGCUGCGAAGGAUAGCCGACCCAUCAAGGUGACUCUGCCCGAUGGAAAGGUGGUGGACGCCGAGUCCUGGAAGACCACACCUUACCAGGUGGCCUGUGGAAUCAGCCAAGGCCUUGCCGACAACACAGUGAUUGCCAAAGUGAACAAAGGUGUGUGGGACCUGGACAGACCUUUGGAGGACGACUGCAGCCUUGAGUUGCUCAAGUUUGACGAUGAGGAGGCUCAAGCUGUUUAUUGGCACUCCAGCGCCCAUAUCCUGGGGGAAGCCAUGGAGAGGGUGUACGGAGGCUGCCUCUGCUACGGUCCCCCCAUCGAGAGCGGCUUUUACUAUGACAUGUUCCUGGAGAACAAUGAGGGCGUAUCGAGCAAUGACUUCCCAUGUCUUGAGACCUUGUGCAAGAAGAUUAUUAAGGAAAAGCAGCCGUUUGAGAGGCUUGAGAUCAAGAAGGAAACUCUGCUGGAAAUGUUCAAGUACAACAAGUUCAAGUGCCGCAUUCUGAAUGAGAAGGUCACUACUCCCACCACCACAGUUUACAGGUGUGGUCCCUUAAUUGAUUUGUGUCGCGGGCCCCAUGUGAGACAUACAGGGAAAAUCAAGGCACUUAAGAUCCACAAGAAUUCAUCUACAUACUGGGAGGGAAAGGCGGACAUGGAAACCCUCCAGAGGAUCUAUGGAAUCUCCUUCCCUGACCCCAAAAUGCUCAAAGACUGGGAGAAGUUUCAGGAGGAGGCCAAGAACAGAGAUCACCGCAAACUGGGCCGGGAGCAGGACCUGUUCUUCUUCCAUGACCUGAGUCCAGGGAGCUGCUUCUUCCUGCCUAAGGGGGCCUUCAUCUACAACACCCUGAUUGAGUUCAUCAGAAGCGAGUACAGGAAGAGGGGUUUCCAGGAGGUGGUGACGCCCAACAUCUACAACAGCAAGCUGUGGCAGACCUCUGGCCACUGGCAGCACUACAGUGAGAACAUGUUCUCCUUUGAGGUGGAGAAGGAGAUCUUCGCCCUGAAGCCCAUGAACUGCCCGGGACACUGCCUGAUGUUUGAUCACCGGCCACGCUCCUGGAGAGAGUUGCCCCUUCGCAUGGCCGACUUCGGCGUCCUGCACAGGAACGAGCUGUCAGGAGCCCUGACAGGCCUCACCCGUGUCCGCCGCUUCCAGCAGGAUGAUGCUCAUAUCUUCUGCACCAUGGACCAGAUUGAGGAGGAGAUCAAGGGCUGCCUGAACUUCCUGCGGACCGUGUAUGACGUGUUUGGCUUCACUUUCAAACUCAACCUCUCCACAAGACCAGAGAAGUUCCUGGGGGACCCGGCCGUCUGGGACCAAGCAGAAAAGCAACUGGAGAACAGCUUGAAUGACUUUGGGGAGAAGUGGGUUCUCAACCCCGGUGAUGGAGCUUUUUAUGGACCAAAGAUCGACAUUCAGAUCAAGGAUGCCAUCGGCCGGUACCAUCAGUGUGCCACAAUUCAGCUUGAUUUCCAGCUUCCGAUCCGCUUUAAUCUCUCCUUCGUCAGCCACGACGGUGACGACAAGAAGAGACCAGUGAUCAUCCACAGAGCUAUCCUGGGAUCAGUGGAGAGGAUGAUUGCCAUCCUGACUGAAAACUACGGAGGCAAAUGGCCGCUGUGGCUCUCUCCUAAUCAAGUGAUGGUUGUACCCGUGGGACCAACCUGUGAGGAGUAUGCCCAGAAGGUCAAGCAGGAAUUCCACAACAGCGGCUUCAUGGCUGAAGUGGAUCUCGACCCCGGCUGCACCCUGAACAAAAAGAUCAGAAAUGCACAGCUGACGCAGUACAACUUCAUCCUGGUGGUGGGAGAGAAAGAGAAGGCGAGUAACACGGUGAAUGUACGCACCCGCGAUAACAAAGUCCACGGCGAGCGCACUGUGGAGGAGUGCAUCGAGCGUCUGAAACAACUCAAGACCUGCAAGAGUCGAAACGCAGAAGAGGAUUUCUGAGCUUCCUCACACUCGCUGCUAUCAGCUCGUCCUCCUCUCAACAGCACCUCGAGUCUGGUAACUUUAAACGGGCCAUGUGGUUGGAAUCAGUUUUGGAUGAGGGAUAAAACUACUCUCACAUUGUUGCCUGGUCUCUGCUUUUUGUCCCCUGGAAAUCCUGUUUUUUUUUUUGUUUUGUUUUUUCUGAUUCAACAAUUGUCUUUUUAUCCAGUGUCUUCCGUUGCCUCUUUACUGUAUCAUUAUGUUUUCGGUUAUCAUGUGCCGUGGUUGCUGUACUCAUGGAAUGAAGUAUGACUGUCCUCAUCCCUUCUGCUUAUACAGAAUACAAGCCCAGUUUGCCAGAAGAAAAUGUUCACAUAAUAACUUACAAUGCAAAGACUUUUUGCUGUAGAUUGGGUUGAGAAUGUGAUUACGUCUUUGAACAUCUGGUCGAUGAACUGAUUAAAACAGAGGGAGAAUGGUUUGUUACACUGUCUUAACAGUUUCUAUGAGUCAUUCUUUCUUCAGGGAAUUGUACAUGAGUUACACUUUUGAUAAUUAAAAAAAAUCUAUUCUUGA